AUGGCCACCCCACCUCACACUCCCGAAGAAACGUCGCCCGGCGAAAGAUGUGGCUGCACUUCCGUACCCCUCGUCGGCUCGCUGGUCGCGAACACUUUAGCCGACUCACUGGGCGUUUCCCCGCUUUAUAAACAGCAAGACUCGGCGCGAUGGAAUAGCGCGGCUCAGGUCUACAAGUCAUCCCGCUGUGUAUCACCGACCUCGGGCACUGCACAAUUCGAUUUCGACGGCGUUGACCCGACAGAGAUCCCGCUCGGACGACCGAAACACUUGGCCGCUAGCCUCCGACAGACCAGCCAGGGCAAUGUCAAGACCCCAUUGAACCUCGAAGAAAUCGGCGAAAUGAAUCGGCGGCGGCAUGACGAGGUUGGAGGCUCGAUGCAAGAAGAAGGAAUUGGCGCCCUGGAACUUGAAGCUAUUGCAGCGGUCCACGAGCUGGCGUUGGAGGUCGAAGCGAUCAGCGUUUCCGAGAUCCUCCCUCGCACCUCCGAUUUGAUCUUCGUCAAUGUAAAAACACACGAAGGGCACGUCUACUGCCUCGAGCUGACGAUGAAGGGUUGGCGAGUUGCCAGCGAGCACUCUGAUUGCAUGAAUGGCGAUUAUACCAAGGUCGAGCUCCACACGGUGUACUAUCGGAACGCCCGGGAACUCUUGAACACCGUCUCGCCCAACCACAUCACUCGCUUCAACGAGUCGCUAGCCGAGAAAUUGAUGCUUUUACAGAACACCGAAUCCCAAGAAAUUGCGGCGAAU